AUGAAACCCGCAAUUACACGUUAUCGGAAUGGCGAGCUGCGCGCCUACCAGAUACCCGAUAGCAUAGAUAAUCCCCUUGGGCCGGUCGUGACCUACCGCAUCGAGUCCGAUGACGAGGUUCAGAGUCAUGCCGCCGCUCCAAACCUCGAUCGCGCCGUCUACACGACCCGUAACAAGGUGGAAUGCCUCAGCCAGAACGGGGGCAUCCUCUGGCGAUACGAGCUAGAGCCUCAUACUCCCGAGCGCUUGCCAAGAACUGCGUGCAUAUUCUCCCUCGAUGGGGCCUGGUUGUGGUUAUAUCGGCCCGACGCGAUGUCGGAUCGCGGCCCCGAUCUCUUGGUUGUUCUGCGUGCCGAUACGGGCGAGGUGGUCGCCCAGGUGGAGCUAGAUACCGUCGGGCAGGGAGCCCAGUUCAUGCAGCAUCCCGACGGUCGUCAUAUCAUGCUUGAUGUGGGAGAGGGACAGGACGGGGUGAAAAUCUUUCUCGCGUCGCUCAAUAACGGCGGCGGCAUAGACUUGCACUCCUACGGGUGGGACGACCGAGCCCUGAUUGAUGUCGCACCUAACGGGCAGUGCUUUAUGACCGUCGACCAUGGUCGGUUGGAUGUCGCCUUUCACGCCUUUCCCAGUGGCGAGGAAGUGUUACGGUUACCCGUCGAAGAUUUCGUUUCUGAGUGUGGUGAUGAAUUCAUUGACUGGAGCGGCGGCUUUCUCAACACUGAUAUUGCAGCUAUCGUGAUUACAGGCGAGCUGAACGACGAAGAGUGGCACCACUACUACAAGGCUGACUUGCGCACUGGUGAGUCACUUGGGCGCUUUGAAGCGCACUGCUCCGAGAUCGACAGCUUCCAAACCCUCGGUGACGACAGUUGGAUCGUCUCCGAUCUGAAUGGCGACCCAGUACGCUACAGCUUAGUUGUGUGA